GGUCGGUCACCCAGGUGAUUGUAAGAAUUGCGUGGGAGUAAAAUGCUUGUAGCUACAUGUACUACAAGUGUAAGCAUCUGGAUCAUCUGUACGUUGCUGGUGCAUACCUCUUACAAUUGGAUAGUGCUAUAAGGUUUCAUAUGUGCUACUAUGUCUGAACACGGCAAAUCCAUAAAGAGGACCUUUUCAGGAUAUACUCGUCACUACUGGUCAGCUAACAUCCCAAGAGAAAAGCACAACGAACAAGUCUGGGUGAAUAAAUGGUACACACCUAAAGACCUACGCAGCUCAGCUCCAGUCCAGCGACACAAGUUUCUCGCUCAACCAUUGCCUGUAUCAGCAUCCCUCCCUACACAUUGGGUGCCACUAGCUGAGGCACCUCUGAAGUCUUUCUCGAGGGCAUCAGAGGAGAAGCAAAUACAAACCUCUGACCCUGCCUCCAGGUGUGAGCAAUGGUCCACACUACGUCAGAUGCUACCAUCCAGGGGUCACUGUGAAUAUUGGCACAAAACAACCUACAAAUGGGGCUCAGGGUCAUCCCUCGCACCAGCAUGGUCCUCGGCUAAACCAAAACGCUACCCACACAUAAACAGCUCCAUGACCAACUACGUCGAUGACAUGCAUUUGACCAACAGACAGUUCAAGCUUCAUUGAAGGAGCAAUAAAAGUAAAUGACACAGUUGAACAAUUGAGUACCUGAAAUUAUAUAACGGAUGUGUUAAAAUUGUUUGUUAAUUGGUGUUCACAUCUUGAGCUUCUGCUAAUA